CAGCUCUCCAUCCCCUAUUAUUGCCUCCAAGCCAUCGCACCCGCCGCUGCUCGUGACCCUCAAUUCGACUGCCGAGGGCAACAUCCUCCAACCAGUGUCGAAUCUAAACAAAUACCGAAGGUGCUCCGCGUGCCCGACUCUAGCCACCUGAACCCAGGCCUCUAGCUCAAAACACCCUCCGAACUUCCUCUUUGCAUUCGCUCAUCGCAAACAUACUCCUGCACCCUUCACUCUCCCGGUCUCUAUCUCACAUAUUGUCUCGACACAUUCAAGAUGAACAGCAACGGCAACGGCAACGGCAAUGAGCCAGGGGCUGUGGGGUCGGAGAGAAUCAACACAGAUAUUGUGACUCUCACUAGAUUCCUCACUGAGGAGCAGACGAAGCACAAGGAGGCCACUGGAGACUUCACCCUCCUCUGUCACGCCCUCCAAUUCGCGUUCAAGAGUAUUGCAUACUACAUCCGAAGAGCGACAUUGAUCAAUCUGACUGGUCUCGCCGGUUCUUCCAACACCACUGGUGAUGAUCAAAAGAAGCUUGACGUAAUCGGCAACGACCUCUUCAUCAGCGCCAUGAGGAGCUGUGCGAGGGUGAGGGUGCUCGUCUCCGAAGAAGAAGAGGAGGCCAUUAUAUUCGACGAACACCCUCAGGCUCGUUAUGCCGUCGCGUGCGACCCCAUCGACGGCUCAUCGAAUUUAGAUGCAGGUGUCUCAGUCGGCACUAUUUUUGCCAUAUACAAGCUACCAGAGGGCGCAAGCGGUACGAAGGAGGAUCUGUUGAAGCCUGGCUCGGAGAUGGUUGCCUCCGGGUUUACUAUGUAUGGUGCAUCAGCUCAACUCGUAAUUACUAUGAAAGGUGGACAGGUCAACGGAUUCACCUUGGACAACUCCUUCGGCGAGUUCAUCUUGACUCACCCUAAUAUGCGAAUCCCCAAGAAGCGCGCCAUCUACUCCGUUAACGAAGGCAACAGCCUCUACUGGGAAGACCCGGUGAAGGAAUACGUUAAUAGCCUCAAAUAUCCUGUAGAGGGCGGCAAGCCAUACAGUGCCAGAUACAUUGGCUCUAUGGUUGCUGAUGCUUACCGAACGUUGUUGUAUGGAGGCAUCUUCGCUUAUCCUGCGGACAAGAAGAGCCCGAAGGGCAAACUUCGAAUCCUUUACGAAUGCGCGCCUAUGGCUAUGGUCUUUGAGAACGCCGGCGGUCUGGCAGUCGACAGCCACAUGCGGCGUAUGCUGGACGUUGUCCCAGAGCAUAUUCACGACCGUAGUGGCAUAUUCCUGGGGAGCGAGGGUGAGGUCCAGAAAGUUAUUGACGCGCACAAGAAUCACGGAAAAUGAGGCUCCGGUGUCUAUGAAUAACGCCGAUUUCGAGUUGCGAAAGGGAAAGUCGAUUAUUUCCCAUGGAUGCUAUAGGGCGCUCGGUGCAUGUUACUAAAUCUGAUCCGGAUACAUAGAUCUCCAGAUUGCUCAGGCAAACAGAAACAGAUCCUCUAUUCUUGUGGCCAUGGCUUGCACUGGGUCCUGUCUGAACAUAGCUCUGAACUGGUGUGAAUGAAAACAGUCGAAUUCCA